ACUACCCAAGUAUUGUAUUAGUACUUAGCACUCAUACCCAUCAUCAUAUUCCCUGCAAAAAGACAACCAGGUCCACAAGUCAAGCAAUUCCCACCCGAAGACGAACAGUCGGCAUACCCAUGUAUAAGGCAGAUACGGUUAAUUAAACACCAAAAGACAUACAACAUCAAGUUAGCCAAGACCCUUGAAGACCCAACAAGGCCUCGUGGCCCUACAAAGACUCUUUCUCCUACGCGCUGGGCGCAUCCCGAUCAUCAUUGCAGCAUCCACACGCUGCUCGCUCCAAUACGAACAGCUGAGCCAGCACUCUUUUGACUCGCGUUAAUAUGCCCACCACAUCCCAGCAACCAACCAUGAUCCAUUCGCAGCCGGCAGCGGCUCCAGGAGCCAACAACUCGGGUCGUCUCAAAUACGCAGAUCCCCGAGAUCUUCCUAGCUAUCCAUCUGCUGGUCUUCGUCCCGACGGUGCUGCUGCAAGUGCUGCCGCUUCUCUUGGGUGGUCUAAUCAGAAGCCCAUCGAACUCUGGAAACCCGACAAGACGUCAUCAGCAUCCGCAGCUGCCGCUCUGGCCAAGAACUACAAGAUGGCGCCACCAUGGGAACCAGCAUCCAAUUCUGACGGCCACAAGGCCGCAAUUCUAGCUGUUGGCUCAGCCAACGCCGCAUUAAACCAUACACCAAGCCAUCAAAAGACACACGAAGGAUGGGGAAAUUCUGCUGCCACUCAAGCUGUGGGCUCUGCUACAGCUGCGUUGAAUCGAGCAUCAAGCCAGCAAAAAGCCCACGAGGGAUGGGGAAACUCGGCUGCUACUCAAGCAUUCAACACAAAUCGAGCCAACUCUAUGCGACAGGCCAAUCUAACGUCGCCCGACGCUUCACUGCAAGGGCAAAAGUCUCUUGCUGCAGCGAAAGGGGCCAUGUCGACUACAAGGCGACGAGCUAAAUCUACACCUUCAGCUCCAGACAGCCUUGCUACAUCAUCCGCACAGCCCAAUAAGCGACCCGAUGCCCUCAGCGGAGCUACCCUGGCGCAUAAGGCAAGCAUGAAGUCCAAGCCAGCAACUGAGAAUGCAGGUGCCGUGCCCGUCACUACCAUGACCCGUAACAUGUUCACGUCUAACCCUCCGGUCAAGCCGGAGGUGGAUGAGCGACAGAACAACGAGCAGCUCCAUGCAUCGGCAGUUGCAAUGGCCCGAAAGAUGUAUCUCUCGCAGCAAAAAAUUAUUGACGAGGCCAAGGAGAACCACGGACGAGAUUCUGAUGUGGCACAGCCGAAGCCGUAUGUCAAUCUCCAAGAUGCUGCAUACAAACAAGCGCAAGAACGAUUAGCCAAGCUCGAACAGGAGCACCAGAAGAACCGAGACUUUCAAUCUUACUAUGGAAAUGAUUCAGCAUCUCCAAAGCGACGGUUUACGUUGACCAAGCUGCGUCGUCGAUCUUCCAGUGAUGGUGAUAUCAAGAACGACCGUCAGCAGUCCGAGAAAAUCCGUCAGCAAAUGUCGCUCUUCUCCAACAGGCUUACAGAAGUCGACCAGAAGAAGCGCCAAGACGAUCGCAAUGCGCUGCUUGCUGCAGCACAACGUAAUGUCAAGGCUCGACUACAGGGCAUGGACGAGAAGGUGUAUAAUGAGACUGGUCAAGUCAAUCCUACAUUAAUGAGUGAGUGGGAGGUCAAGGCUCAUCAAAUGGCGAAUGCUAGCCACGAAGCCCGUAAUGAGAACAAAGGCAAAAUUGACAUUGGAGGUGGAAGGUUCAUGGAUCCUCACGAUGUAGACGCUAUUGCAGCCAAGAGGAUGCAGCCUAUUUUGGACGACAUCAACGAGAAGGCUGAAAUUGAGCGAGAGCGCCUUGCCACCCUCAAGAUGGAAGAGGAAGCCAGGAAAGCUGAACAGGAGAAGCAAAAGGCUCGUGAGCGUGAGAUCAAGGAAAUCAACAAGAAGCUUAAGGAUCAAGAAAAACAGGAGCACAAGGCAAAGAAGGCCGAGGAAAAGGCUGCCAGAGCAGAAGAGAGGCGUCAUGCUAAGGAAGAAAAGCAAAAGGCCAGGGGUGACACAACAGUCUCUGGCGAAGAAGCCAUUGACGACGGCGAAAGCACUCGAAGUGAGGAUGCUGCCUCAUCCCCUAUCGUAGCGGCUGCGCCCGGUUUGACUGAAGCGGAUGCGCCAGCAGCUAUCGACACAGAAACGGGUAGCACUGAGAGGGGUCGAAGAAAGCCCAGUGACGCGGCAUCACCAACCUCCAAGGUCAAAGGAUGGAUCAAGAACCGCUUCUCGCGGGGCAAGUCACUCGGAGAGAAAGACCAUGAAAGCCACGGCGAUAAGAGAAGAAGCUUCGUUGGUGGUGCAGCUCUCAGAGACCCUGAUACCAACCACAGUGCCACAAGUCUCGACAACCGGGCAACAAGCAUGCGAGACGUUGCACUCGCUGGUCGUGGCACAAAUGGCGAGCCGAGCGACCGUGACAUGCUACAUGAUUCACGUGGUGUGAGUCCUGUAAGCAGUGACCCGGAUGAUGACGAAGGUGUUCCUGCCAUUACUCCUCCUCCAGCAAUCAAGGACCCUGUUGGACGACAAAGUCACAGUCCCUCAAGAGACUCCAGGUUUAGGGAGAACUUGGACAAUUGAUAAAGACUACGCCAAGAUAAAGUUACGGAUAAUGAAAUGGGUUGGAUAGGUUGAUAGGAUAGUGUUUGGCGCAUAAAUUAGGGUUCUUGGCUUCCUGCUUUCCUGUUUUUUUUGAACGUUGGAAUGGUUAUUAGCAAAGCGUUACGGUUUAUUAUUUGCCACCAUCAUGGAUAAUAUAUUGUAAUACGGGUAAAGACUGUAUUUGAUGUACUGAGUUCAAGUUAUCGUUUUAUUCGUUAUUAUUUCCUGUAUCUUGUCCCUAU